AUGGCCAAAGUAAUACGGGAAACAAAAGCAAUAAUUGUUGAUGAAGCCCCCAUGGCUCAUAAGACUGUUUUUGAAGCUAUUGAUGGAACUUUACAAGACAUCACAGGUGUCAAGAAGACAAUGGGUGGUAUUCAAACUCUAUUAUCAGGGGACUUCCGUCAAAUUUUGCCUGUUGUGAAAAAUGGAACAAGAGCAAACAUUGUUGAUGCAAGUUUAAAGGAAUCCUACCUUUGGAGACACGUAUUUGUGAAGAAGCUGACAACAAAUAUGAGGGCUCAUAUGACUGGUGAUUCAGAUUCAGCAAACUUUUCAAACCUUCUUCUUACAAUUGGAGAUGGACACCUCCCUUAUGUAGAAGUACCUGAUACAAUUUUAGUUCCUGAAGAACUUGGCAAAUGUGUUGAGAAACUAGAGGAUUUGAAGGCAAGAGUGUAUCCAGACUUGAGCUUGAAUGGAAAACAUCCAGACUGGCUUGCUGAGCGAGCGAUUGUUUCUCCAUUAAAUGCCAAUGUCAACAAGUUGAAUAAAUGGCUAAUGGAUGAAUUUUCAGGGCAGGAAAAAGUGUACAAAUCUAUUGACACUACAACAAAUGAUGAUGAAGCUGAACAGUAUCCUACAGAGUUCUUGAAUUCAAUUGAGUUUUCUGGAAUGCCUCCCCAUCUUCUGAAAGUUAAAGUUGGUUCUCCGAUCAUGAUUUUGAGAUCAUUGGACCCACCCCAAACAAUAAAUGGAACAAGAUGUGUUGUAACAAGAUUGCAUGAGAACUUGAUUGAAGCAACCAUUAUAUUCGGCCCUUACAAAGGUCAAGCUAUUCUCAUUCCGAGGAUUCCACUUAUACCAAGUGAUAGCGAGUUGCCUUUUGCAUUUAGGAGGCUGCAGUUCCCAGUGAGGCCAUGCUUUGCCAUGAGCAUCAAUAAGAGUCAAGGUCAAACUUUCAAAAACUAUUGGUAUAGAUCUGACAAACCCAUGUUUCAGUCAUGGCAUGUUUUAUGUGGCUGUUUCAAGGACUGGAACUUCAAAAAACCUCUACAUUUUAGCCAAUCAAAGAAAGACAAGAAAUGUUGUUUACCCUGA